GAGGGAGUGUGGUCCGUGGGGCAGUGGCCGUGCAAGUUUGGCUUGGGAUCUGCGUUCAAGUAGCAGAUGGACCGGCAACUUGCCUAGUUUUUGCAGUCUCCGACGUCGCGUGUCCUUCGAGAUUACUCUACUGUGUUAUUAAGGACGGCAGAGGACGACAUGAUAACUUUUUGAUGAAUUCAUGUAUGGAAAUAGAACCUUAGUUAGCUGGCUAGCUACGUUUGCCAGGUUCCUUCGUUACUUUAGGAUAGCAAGCUUGCUAGCCAGCUAGCCACUGUAACGUUACUUGGGAGGACAAGUGAACAGCCUUGGCGUUAGAUGAGCUAUUUUCCAAUCGUCUGGAGGUAAAGCUGCUUAUAGUCUGUAUUUGAGUUGAAAGGCAAUGGUUAAAUUAAAGGAUUUUGAUGUCUCUUGGUAUUAUGCAAGUUAUAGUUAGAUUGGUCGCCAUUUGUUCCAAAGCCAAGUAUUUUUGUAGGCUAAUGGCCGGAUCUGUAAUGUUAGGCUAUAGCUAGCCCUGGGGAUACAGUUGACAUGACUGUUUACUGACAUCUUCACAGGAGGUUAUAUUGUUCAAGAAUGACCAGAAAAAAUGGUCAGAUGUUCUUACAGCAUGUCUUAUUUGCAUUUUUAGAAAGUAAAAUUUCUAUUGCUUGAUCUGUGAUAUUUAGCUAACGCUAGCUAACGUUCACCCAACAAGCAGGAUCCAUCAUCAGACUCUCAACUGAUGUCCGCCUACUAACGUUAGGCAGCAUUCAACUUUCCCCUGUCACAGGAUCUAAACUCAAGUUCAGUACGCUUUUUAUUUAGUGCAUCUUAGUUUUAGAUGUACACGGACUGAGAUCAUCAGAAAGCGAAAGGAAAGUAAAAGGAAAUUUGAAGCCAUUUGGUCAAUUGCGUAUGUUGAAAAUGGCUUGUCAAGCAUCUCAGAAAAGUUAACAUAAGGCAAAGGUCUUGCUGAAUCAGCCUGUUUGAUGAGAAGAUGAGUUUCCUUGAAAGUGUCCUGUCUUUCUUUGGACUUGGAGACAUACAGUGGCUAUGCAUGGUCACAUUAUUUAUUGCAUCGGUUGUGACUUUGAUCAUAUACUUCGUGCAAUACUAUUUGGAUAAUGUAUCAUGCGAGAGCGAAAAUCCCAUCAACGCCUCAGAGGAAGCAAACGCACUUCUAGGUUGGGUCCUGUCUCUCAAAACCUGGAAGACUGAAUGGAGGAAGGCGUGGGUGAGGGCACUGAAUGAGCAGUCGAGGCUUUCAGGGAACUCCUUGCAGUUGACAUUUCAGGAAGAUGGUCUUCAUUCCACUGACCUUGUGUUAAGUCAUGUGUCAGGCUUCAAGAAGUCAGCAGUUGGCAAGAUGAUGCGUUGCCAGGUGGCUGGGGAGAAGCUUCAGUUCUCCCUCGGAGCAAAAUCAGCCGCGGCCGUCAGCAUAGAGCCUCAGCACUACACCGUCACAAUAGCCCCUCUACAGCUGCAGCUGGACCUGCAGCUAACAGAGGCCAGUGGGGUGGUGCAGCUGAACUGGGGCCUGUUGGGGUUGGAGGCCUGGGACCUGCAGCUCACUCCAAGCUCCUCUCAGGGAGGAUCAGCGGGUCUCAGCUCAUCAGCGGUGAGAGACAGGCUCAGGCAGGUCCUGUGCCGCGUCCGUCCGUCUGCGGUCCUCAGCGGCCGACCCGUGCAGCCAGGGGAAGUGAGGGACGGCCGUGCCAAGCCCCCGCAGGUGGUUUCUCCCCCCAAACCCCCCCGCGCCCACGAGUGGAAGCUCCUGGUCAAGAACAUCAGAGUGACGUGCAACCAGGAGGAGUGUGCUGCAGGCAGCAUGAGCCCCCAGUGUGUGCUCCAGCUCAAUGACCCGCCCCAGAGGCUGUGCAGCUCUGUCUUAAAGGACACCACCAACCCCUCCUGGGACCAGCCCUUCAUAUUUGAGCUGAAUGGGAGAUCCAAAGAGCUCAAUAUUCAGCUCUUGAAUACGGGGAGUCCUCAAGAGACAGGCAGCCUGGUGGGUCAGGUGUCCGUGCCUUUUGACCUUGUGAAGAAGCAACCCAAAGGACAGCAGACUUUUGCACUAAUGACCAAAGAUGUGGUGAUUGGGACACUAACUACUGAGUUCACUUACCUCGAGCCGAGUGAGGUGCGCACCUGGCAGACCCCUACCCCCGCCGCCUCCAAGAAGGUGGAGAUGGACCGCACCGUCAUGCCCUGCGGCACCGUGGUCACAACCAUCACCGCUGUUAAGAGCAAGCCAGGCCGGCCUCUACCGCCGGGGCUCCUGGAAACCCCAAUGAAGCCUCCAACCAAAGCCAAGCUCUCUGAGAGGAGAGUGUCUGAGCAACCCUGCAUGCUGGGGGCCACAGUCAGCAAGGCCCUGUCUUCCUCAGAUACUGAGCUGCUGAUGCUGAACGGGACAGAUCCGGUUGCCGAGGCGGCUAUCCGGCAGCUGCAGGAGUCGGCGCGGCAGAAGCUCAAGUCGCCAGUGAAAAAGAGCACCAUCAUCAUCUCUGGCGUGACCAAGGCGCCCCUCUCCCAGGACGAGGAACUGGCCCUGAUGGCCGGCUACGCCGCUGCCAUGGACGCCUCGCUCUCUCAGGUGUCUGAGGAGGAGUCCGCAGCCAGAGCACCACCCUCCCCCACAGCAGCAGGAGCAGCGGCGGCGGCGGCGGUGGGAGAGCUGAGCGCCUGCGCCCCCCAGCCCCGAGACCCCCUGGUGAGGCUGGGCGAAGGGGCGGCCGCAGCGGAGGUGGCGGUGGCCAUGGGGGCCGGGGUGGAGGACUGGGAGAGCCAGACAGGCGAGGACCCCGACGCAGACAAGGCCUCGCUCUGCAUGUCUGAGACCGGCUCCAAAAAGGGCAAAGGCAGCUUCCUCCACAAGAGUGCCAAGCUGUUUUUCCGCCGGCGGCACCAGCGCAAGGAACCGGGCAUGAGCCAGUCGCACAACGACCUGGUGUACCUGGAGCAGCCGGAGCAGGUAGCGGCGGAGGCAGUGGGCGAGCGCCAACGCCGGACGGCCACGCUGCGCCGCAUCAUCAACCGCAAGCUCCUCCACAAGGGGUCCAAGAACCGCGCCAACGGCUGUGCCGGGGAGCCGCCUGCGUGAGCCUGUGCCUGCCCGUGGUGCCCGGCGCCUAUGCCCUCUCCCGGCGGGCGCCGCUGGCCCGCUCCUCCACCACCCCUCUGCGUCUGCCCCCCACGUCGCCCCCUCCUGCUCUGCCCAGGCCGUCCUCCUGGUCAGCGGGUCCAGUAUCCGGGGCUGCUGCCCCCCUUAAGCAGCCCAGCUCAUCACCCCCUCCUCCUCCUGGGCCCACCCACUGAAUCAACCCUGCUUUCCAACGGCCACUCAGACCUUAUGAGUGCACUGACCGUAACAGAGAUGUGGAAGAACACCCCCUAAGCCCCCCCCCAUCCCAUCCCUUCCCUGCUUCCUCUCCUCUUUCUCCUCCCUCUGUCUCUUUUUCUUGCUCUCUCUCCUUCCCUUUCUUUCUCUCUUUUGCCAUUCCUCUUUCACACUCUUUUCUCUCUCUCUCUCUGAUGCACAGGCUUGCUUUCUCCCUUCAUUCCCAGAUACAAACGUUAUGAUGAUGAACAGAUUUUGAUUUGGAGAGUUAUUUUGCAGAGGUGUUCUGCAUAUGUGGCCUUUUUUGCCCUUCUCUACUGUAUGCAAGGCUGUCGCCCUCUUGACCUCUGUGGCAGCAUGUAGCCUUCGCCUUGAGAAGAUGGACAGCGAAUGCAGCGGCAUUGACCUGAUUUGCACAAACGCUAAAGAGAAUUUUUCAACCUUCAGGACUCGUUCGAGGGAGGGCUUAAGUGAUGUUCCGUUGCCGAUCGUCCAAUCCAUUUUGUACAUUGGGUGCCCAUCAAGACUUAGGCUCUGAAUGGCAAUUUUGUUUGUUUAUGGUUGUUUGUUUGUUUGUUUGUUUGUUUGUUUGUUUGUUUUUAGACAUGACUAAGGGAGACCAGUCAGUUCCACUGUUUUUGGCGGAUGCUAAUGGGAGGUAUUGCUAAGUGCUCGACUGCAAUCAAGUCCAGCACGCCCAUUUCAUUCAGUCAGUCAGCUUUGAGGUGACGCUCACGUUACUGUGAAGAUCCCUUUGUUUUGAGGUUCCUGAGAAUGUAUCGUUAUUGUUGAAUAACAAACCCAGUGUCUAUCAUUUACCUUAUUUCAUAACAUCAACACUAUCAUACACCACUUAGUUUUGUUUUUGGAGAUUUUACUUAAUGAGUGCUGUGAUGAAAUCUUAUGUUAAAUGCAGUUUGGUUCUUUUUUAAACAUUUACUUUCUUCAAAAUAUGUUUAUGUAAAUAUGUACAUUCCCUUCCAUCCCUCCUUUUUUUAAAACACAUUCCUUCAUUUACACUUUUGUGUAUAAGGCAUUUUGAUGUGCAGAAUGAACCAAAGGAAAAACGAAAACUGAGCUGAAAUGCUAUCUCAAGGCAUUGUGCUUUCAGGUUUGAUCUUUCCAUUGAAUCACGUCUGGUUGCAAUUGGUUUGAAUCAUACAGUAACACCUGACUGACUUUGAUGCAGUUGAACAUACAUUUUGAGAUAAGUUUCAUGGUCGUGAAAUGGUGGUGUUGCUUCCAGUUGGUUGGUUGUUGCCAAGUACCAUGUCACCUGAAGUGCAGUUCUGUGGUGUGAAAAGGUUUCCUAUUAAUCUUUCCUGUUUUUUAGGGUGGCAGGUAAAAUACAUCCCAUCUAGAUGGUUUUUGCUUAGAGGAGCCCUUGUAAAAAUGAAAUCUAGUACCUCACCAGAAUGGCUUGCUUCAGGUGUGUACUUGAACUAACCUGAGCUACUCUCCACAUCACCAGAAUGGCUUGCUUCAGGUGUGCACUUGAACUAACCUGAGCUACUGGUAUUUCCCCGGAAGCAUUGCAGUUGCUUGACCGCUCGCUCAGUCUUACUGAAAAUGUGGCUUUUGAAGUCUUGUGAGUCGUACAACCCUUUAUCACCCCAGAUAAUGUCACACCAUAUUGUAUGUAUACAAUAUGCAAAAUAUGCAAUGAGAAUGGCAGUCUAUACAACCUGAAAAAAUGCAUUGAUCUUGAAAUGGCCGGUCAAGAAGCUUUUCAUCCUCUCUGCUUGUGCAGACAGCCUGAAUGCCUGUGCAGGAGUCAGCCAGUGUUAUGCAGGGAUUAAAGCAAAUUAACAUAUCAGGUUUAUAUAUAUAUAUUUUUAAGCAAUAAAAAUAUGACUGAAUAAUCA